AUGUCUAGUCCACCUUCACCUAGAACAACAGCUUUAACUGUUCAGAUCGCAGCCAUGCGUGACAAUUUUGAAAGAUUGUUAAGAGAACAAGGUGAACAACUUCAACAAAGAAUUGAUGAGUUGGAAAGGAGCCCCCAAAAUUCUAAGGAUGGUAGUGGUGAUGAGGAGGAAAGAAGACGUAGAAGGAGACAAGGGGGAGAUAAUUUGAGGGGCAUAAAAAUUAAAGUUCCAUCUUUUGUUGGGAAGAGUGACCCGAAGGCAUAUCUAGAAUGGGAGACUAAACUUGAACAAAUUUUUAAUUGUCACAAUUAUUCUAAUCUUGAAAAAGUGCAGGUUGCUUCUAUUGAGUUCAAGGAGUAUGCCUUAGUUUGGGGGGAUCAAUUGACCAAAGAUAGAAGGAGGUGUGCAGAACGACCAAUUGAUACUUGGGAAGAGAUGAAAAGAAUCAUGAGGAGAAGGUUUGUUCCUUCCUAUUAUCAUAGGGAAUUGCACAACAAAUUGCAAAGACUCACUCAAGGUUCUAAAAGUGUUGAAGAAUAUUUCAAGGAGAUGGAAGUUCUCAAAAUUAGAGCUAAUGUAGAGGAGGACGAUGAAGCAACUAUGGCUAGGUUUCUCCAUGGUCUAAAUCAUGACAUUAGUGAUAUAGUGGAACUUCAUCACUAUGUUGAAAUGGAUGAAUUGGUACACCAAGCUAUCAAAGUGGAACAACAACUCAAAAGAAAGAGCCAAGCAAGGAGAAAUUCCACCACUUUCAAUUCUCAAAGUUGGAAGGACAAAACAAAGAAGGAGGGUGCUUCAUCAUCUAAGGAAGCCACGGUUGAAAACAAAGGUAAAACUAUUACAUCUUCUUCUUCAAGUGUUUCAACUAACAAAAGUGUUAAGUGUUUCAAGUGUCAAGGCCAAGGACAUAUUGCAUCUCAAUGUCCAACAAAGAGAAUUAUGCUUAUGGAAGAAAAUGAAGAAAUUGUUGAAGAGGAGGAUGGUGAUUAUGAUGAGGAGUUUGAAGAAGAAAUACCUAGUGGAGAUUUACUCACGGUGAGAAGAAUGUUGGGAAGCCAAAUAAAGGAGGAGGAUACAAGUCAAAGAGAAAACCUUUUUCAUACAAGAUGCUUUGUGCAAGGAAAGGGUUGUUCUUUAAUAAUUGAUGGAGGAAGUUGUACAAAUGUUGCAAGCACGCGUCUGGUUUCUAAACUAAAAUUGGAAAUAAAACCUCACCCUAAGCCUUACAAACUCCAAUGGCUUAAUGAAAGUGUAGAAAUGCUUGUUAAUAAACAAGUUGAGAUUUGUUUUAAAAUUGGAAAAUAUGAGGAUGUAGUGUUGUGUGAUGUAGUACCAAUGGAAGCUAGUCAUUUGUUAUUAGGUAGGCCUUGGCAAUUUGAUAGAAAAGCCAAUCAUGAUGGGUACUCCAAUAAGUACUCUUUUAUGUAUCAUGAUCAAAAGAUCAAUCUUGUACCGUUAAAUCCUAGUGAGGAGGUGCCUUUGCUAACCACUAUUUCUAAUGAAAAAAAAUUGCCAAAUUGUGUUGAGUCUCUUUUGCAUGAAUUUAAAGAAUUGUUUCCGAAAGAGGUGCCAAGUGGUUUACCACCUAUAAGAGGAAUUGAACAUCAUAUUGAUCUCAAUCCAGGAGCAUUUUUGCCUAAUAGGCCAGCAUAUAGAAGCAAUCCACAACAAACUCAAGAGAUACAAAGGCAAGUUGCUGAAUUGAUAAGUAAAGGAUGGGAAAAGGUGAAAGCCAUUCGAGAGUGGCCUCCUCCCAAAAAUGUAAGUGAGGUAAGAAGCUUUCAUGGUUUGGCUAGUUUUUAUAGGAGGUUUGUGAAGGACUUUAGUACCUUGGCAACACCCCUCAAUGAAAUUGUUAAAAAGGAUGUUGGUUUUAAAUGGGGUGAAAAACAAGAGCAAGCCUUUGCUGCCCUAAAGGAAAAGCUCACCCAAGCACCAAUUCUUGCAUUGCCUAAUUUUUCUAAAUCUUUUGAAAUUGAAUGUGAUGCAUCUAAUGUGGGAAUUGGAGCUGUUUUGUUACAGGAAGGUCAUCCACUUGCUUAUUUUAGUGAAAAGCUAAAAGGGACUGCCCUUAAUUAUUCUACAUAUGAUAAGGAAUUGUAUUCCUUGGUGAGAGCUCUACAAACUUGGCAACAUUACUUGCUGCCCAAAGAGUUUGUCAUUCAUAGUGAUCACGAAUCCUUGAAACAUUUGAAGGCACAAGGUAAGUUGAAUAAGAGGCAUGCCAAGUGGGUUGAGUUUCUUGAACAAUUUCCUUAUGUAAUCAAGCAUAAUAAAGGUAAAUCUAAUGUUGUGGCAGAUGCACUCUCAAGAAGACAUGUCUUGCUUUCUACUCUUGAAACAAAAGUUUUUGGUCUUGAGCAUAUUAAAGAUUUGUAUAAAAGUGACCUUGAAUUUUCUUCAAAAUUUUUAGCUUGUGAGCAUACUGCCUUCAAUGGGUAUUUUAGGCACAAUGGCUAUUUAUUUAAAGGAAAAAAACUAUGUGUGCCUAAAGGUUCCAUUAGAGAAUUACUUGUAAAAGAGGCGCAUGAGGGAGGACUAAUGGGUCAUUUUGGGGUUUCUAAAACUCUAGAAUUCUUAAAAGAACAUUUUUAUUGGCCUCACAUGAAAAUUGAUGUCCAAAAGCUUUGUGAAAGAUGCAUUAUGUGUAAAAAGGCUAAUGCCUCAUGGUGGAUGAUGCGUGUCAUGUUGCUGAUUUGUUCUUUAAGGAAGUGGUGCACCUACAUGGCUUACCAAGGAGCAUGGCAUACCGGGGAUUGGGUUUGGAUACAUAUGAGAAAAGAGAGAUUCCCAUCACAAAGGAAGUCCAAACUUCAACCUAGGGGAGAUGGACCAUUUCAAGUACUUUCAAGGAUCAAUGACAAUGCCUACAAAAUAGAACUUCCAGGUGAUGAUGGUCUAAAUUCGAGGUCGAAUUCUUUUCAAGAAGGAGGGAAUGAUGAGGACGUAAUCCAAGACAUAAAUGAUACAAUGCAAAGCUUAGGAGGUCCUAUGACAAGGGCACGUGCAAGAAGAGUCAAUGAUGCUUUAGUUCACUUCAUGAUCAAGUCAAUAGAAUGCAUGGGCCAGAUUGAAGAAAAAGAGCCCAAGUUUAUUCUUAUCAUCCAAGCAUGUGAUAAAAGGCCCAAUAAUGCAUAA